AUGGCGCUCCUGGCUCAACAUCGAUAUUUUCUAGUGGGCAGACCCAAAGGGCAGCACUCCGCCCCUAGAGGCGGCCCGCCCCGUUCCUGGACCAACGCCGAACUAACAGAAGCCCUGCAGCACGUCUGGAACAAAAAGAUGACCACCAGCCAAGCGUCCAGGAUCUUCGGCAUCCCCUACAACUCCCUGUUGAUGUACGUGCGCGGCAAGUACGGCAAGAGCCUCAAGCUCGAGCAGCUGCGCAAAGACUGCAUCGGCGUGGGCGGGGCCACUACCCCCACCAUGGACCUGUUGGGCGUGGCCAACAACAACAACAAAUCGGAGCGCGACCAGGAGCAAUCGCUGCCCAACACGAGGCCGCCCAGCGCGGAGGGGCAGCCCUCCGUGUUCAACCCCUUCUCUCACAGCUUCUACCCUGAUUUUGGGGCUGGGUUCCCGCUGCCUGUCAGCAUGAUCCAUCUGUUGCCGCAGAACGAGAAGCAUCUGGAGCAGUUCGGGCAGCAACAGGUGAUGGAAGAUGAAUGCAAGGGCUCUAAGGAUUUGGAUCAUAUGGAUCAUGAUCAUGAGAUGUUUAGAGCGGGGAUGGGGAUUGAGGAUAAGAGGGAGAUGGUGCAGCAGAGCGGACAGAAUUGA